AAUAUCCCAAAUUCUACAACCACCUUUUAUUUCUCUGUCUUACCUUCUACGCCUUUGCUUCUUCCUUACUCCUGCUCUUAACAAUUGCACCACUGACCUUCCCCUUUCCUUUUCCUCUGAAAUCUCAACUUCCAGUAUUUCCUCAAAACUUCGUCGUCUACGUUUUAUUCAUCCUCUGGGUUAUGCUAAGUUGGACAGACUCUUACUAUCAGGAAUGGGCUCUGGAAAUUGGUUUAAGACGGUUUUCAGACUAAAGAAAGUAAAGGUCGGUUCAAAGCCAGUGAAGGAAUCUUCAGCUCUUGCAAAGUCAAAUGGUGUAAAAGUGAAGAACAAUACACGGAAGGGGUCUAGUAGUUUAUUGAAUGGAUCCCUUAAUAUGCCAAUUGAGGAUGUAGCUGCAAUUCGAAUUCAAACUGCAUUUCGCGCAUACAAGGCGAGGAAAGCAUUGCGUCGUUUGAAGGGGAUAUUAAGAUUACAGAUACUCACCCAAGGUUAUCCUGUCCAAAAGCAAUCCACAACUACGUUGAACCUUCUUCAUUCAUGGUGCAAUCUUCAAAUGCAGAUUAGAGCUCGUAGGCUCUGUAUGGUAACAGAAGGGCGGAUCAAACAGAAGAAACUAGAGAAUCAACAAAAACUCGAGGCAAAGCUUCAUGACAUAGAGGUAGAAUGGUGCGCUGGCUCUGAAACCAUGGAUGAAGUUCUUUCAAGGAUAUACCAAAGAGAAGAAGCAGCAGUUAAACGAGAGCGGGCUAUGGCAUAUGCCUUUUCUCAUCAAUGGAGGGCGAAUUGUAGUCAGAGCCAAGGGUUGGGAAAUGAUGAACUUGGCAAAGCUAAUUGGGGUUGGAGUUGGAAGGAACGCUGGAUUGCUGCUCGCCCGUGGGAGAGCCGGGUUGCACCUCAGUUCACUAGCCCGAAGAAAGAUCAGAGCAAGCAGGCGAACAAGGCUGUGAAAACACCAAAAACUCCAAUCUCAGUUAAACCCCCUUCAUCGAAUGGCAAGGAAGCAACAAAGGCUCGGAGGUUAUCUUUUCCAUCUUCUGAAAAAGUGGGUGCAAAGGUGGAAAGCAAUAGAUCCCGGAGGUUAUCUUUUCCGUCUUCUGAAAAACUCAUUGCAAAUGAAGAAAUCAUUAAAUUGGAAGAGGCAGAAACCAAGAAAGAAGAGUUGGUGUUCUAGUUCUAACGCCAUUGAUACAAUUUGUUCAGACAUUUUUAUCUUUUAUAAUUGGAAUUGCAGAAAGUGAGUAAAAUCCAUUUUUUGAUUCAUGUUUUUUUUCUAAA